CUGCAACGCUACAGGUGCACACAGGCUGCCUGUGCACACACACGGCCGUGUCCUUCACAAGAUCACUGUCUCUGCAGACAGAAGACCCACUGAAAUCCUCCUAAGCAGAAAACCACAGAAGAAGUGACAGGAAAGAAAGAUGGACUCUAUCUCUAUGAUGGGCAGCAGGAGCCCUGUGUUCCUCACAGCCCCAUCCUCCCACCACCUCCGACACACACAGACCUGUUUCCUGCCCAAUGGCACAAAGAGCCGAAUUGGAGAUGUAGAGACUGCCCAUCUGCUUGCCCAGCCCACAGUGGCCAUCCUGGGCUCAGGUGACUUCUCCAAGUGCCUGACCAUCCGUCUGCUGCGAUGUGGCUUCCAUGUGGUGGUAGGAAGCCGCCAUCCCAAACUGGUAGCCCAGUCAUUUCCUCAUGUGGUGGAUGUGACCCACCAUGAAGAUGCUGUGGGGAAGGCUGGCAUCGUGUUCCUGGCAAUCCGCCGUGAGCACUACUCUUUCCUGUGGGACCUCAAGCAUCUACUGGAAGUCAAGUGA